AUAUGCAAGAAUUUCUAUGGACAUUGGUUUGCAGUCUGCAUCCGGAGUUUCCCUGUUGGAGAAAAAGGAGGGGAAAAAAAAAAUCCCCGCAUUCCCCAACACAAGUCCGAGAUCCAGCCUCUCCCGUUUGUGUCAGAAGAACAUCCUCAUUGUGCUUCACACCCCAAAAUCCUGCUACCCAUCUGAAGGUGAAGAAGAAAGAAACAGAGCCACCAUGUGCUGCUACCCAGGGAAGAUCUGCAGGCUAUGCAUCUGCUUGGUCAUUCUGGCCAUUAUCAUAGGGUUCGUGUUUGGGUUUGGGAUUUUUGCUCAUGGUUUCCAGAAGAUCAAGCAGUGCAUCAACCAUGGGUGCAGCAGCAAGAUGCAGAUAUAUUCCCCAAUAGUGCCUCCUCAAGGCUACUUUCGUUUCCCUGGAGCCCCUGUUUACUAUCCUUAGCUGUGGAUUCUCUCUUUUCUUUUUGGAUUUUUUGUGUGCUUUUCCCUUUCUUCCAUCUCAUUUUCUUUUUCUUAUUCGCUGUGUUUUUCUAAAUGGGUGUCCUUGUUUUAGUUGAUUGAUGAGUGUAACUUUGUUGGUUCACUGUAGCAUCUGUGGAAAUUGAAGGACUCGAGUCCUUCUUCUCCUCUGUUUUUUCCUUUUUAGACAUGAAUUACGCAUUUAAAAUCUUCAAUAGGGACGUUUCCUUGCGAAAAGGUAAUGGCCGGGAAGCCAUUUAACAUGCAAUUGCCUUUCAGAGAUUACAA